AUGCCAGCUGCAUGAGGAGGAGAGACUUGCCUUCUCGUGCCCAGACUGGAAGAAGAAGAGUUGCCACCGCACCGGAGAAGGCUGGACAUGUCUGAGGCGCUGUCUGCCCCCAGUGACGAGGCAGCUGCCCCAGGCUGCCGGCUGGGACCCCUGUACUGGGCCUGUGUCCACAACGACCCCACCCAGCUCCAAGCCAUAUUGGAUGGCGGGGUCUCCCCAGAGGAGACCACCCAGGUGGACGGCAACGGGAGGACAGGCCUCAUGGUGGCAUGCUACCACGGCUUCCGGAGUGUUGUGGCCCUGCUUAGCCGCUGUCCUUUCCUCGAUGUCAACCAGCAGGACAAAGGAGGGGACACAGCCCUCAUGCUGGCUGCCCAAGCAGGCCACGUGGCUCUGGUGGGUCUCCUGCUCAACUACUACGCGGGCCUGGACCUGGAACGCCGCGACCAGCGGGGGCUCACGGCGCUGAUGAAGGCUGCCAUGCGGAACCGCCCCGAGUGCGUGGCUGCCCUCCUCAUGGCAGGUGCUGACCUGACAGCAGUGGAUCCUGUUCGGGGCAAGACGGCCCUGGAGUGGGCCGUGCUGACCGACAGCUUCGACGCCGUGUGGAAGAUCCGGCAGCUGCUACGGCGGCCCCAGGUGGAGCAGCUCAGCCAGCAUUACGAUCCCGAAUGGCCAGCCUUGCCUGGGCUCGUGGCCCAGGCCCAGGCCCAGGCCACCCCCUCCCUCCGAGAGCGGCUGCAGACCACCUUGAGUCUCCCCUUUGCCCAGUCUCUUCAGGAGGGGGGUGUCCUGGACCACUUUGUGACCCUCACGACCAGCCUGGCCAGCCCCUUCCUCACCACUGCCUGCCACACUCUGUGCCCCGAAAGCCCGCCGGCACUGGGCACGCGAAGCAAGUCUGUGCCAGAGCUUCUAGAUCCCGUGGACAUCCACUGA